GAAACUUCAGUGCCUCUGAGUGGGCCAUUGAUAACCCACCCGAGGGUCGUCCUGACUGCAUAGGGCCCGUCACCUCUGCUGUUUAUUAUCUGCCUUGGUUCCAUGGCUCUGUAGACGUCGGUGCCAAUAAGCAGGCCAACUUCUGCUUCAGAGGCGAAUUUCACGCAGGUAAGGCCACUGAUCCACGUCUGCCUGCAGAGGUAUGUUUUCUUUCUUCACUGGUAAACUUGGUUGAGUGAAUACCUGUGGAAGCUCUAUGUAAUUCAUUUCUUCCAAGCCACAUACUUCCAGAUCUGUGAGUGUUCACCUUUUUUUCAGAUCCCAUAGUAGUAAGCAUUAUUUCUGAUUUCCUUCCUCGGAGGUUUAGCUGGUGCAUAAGAGUGUUGGUGCAGAAGGUUGCUGUGCUUCCUUGGUCUAAAAACGUAUAGACCUGCAUUACUUUGUUACUGCUUUUGCACUUUAUCUUUACUGGUACAAUGGGAAGAAUAGCUUUUUUGUUACCUGCCCCAGUGUGGCCUCUGUUUUCAUACUCCGCCUCUACAAAAGCACUUGUCACCUCUCCAGUAGCUUCAGUGAUCCUACUUUCGUCCGUCUCCUGCAGCAUUGGAGCCUCCUUUGUGACAUGCAAAAUGCUUGGAUGCACACCCGAACACUCGUUGCAUUUCAUCCUUUUGCGGCAACUCUUACUCAGAUGACCUGGUAUAAGGCAGCCAAAGCAGAGUCCCUUUGUGGCCAGAAAUCUUGAUUCUGUCUUUGGGAUUCUGUUCUUUUAUUUUCUCGCAGACCUCUAAUGUAUGACUCCUUUUGCAGUAGAUGCAGGGACUUUGAAAAGCAUCAGCUGAUCUGGUUGGACCUUUGCUCUUCUGUUGUGGCUGCUGAGAAUCACUGUGUCUUCCAGACUGAUCGACAGCUGUAACAAAGCUAUUUUGGGGAUUACUUCUCUUAAUGUUUACCUUAGUCUUCCCCUUUUCUUCUAUACUGAGGUCCAGGAUGUCUCCAAAUAGAGGGUCAUUGAUAACUUCUGCUUGCCAGUUGAUGAAUUCCACUACGUCAGAAAAUCUGGCUCUUCUUCCUGAUCUUGUAUGGAUUUCAUAUGCUUGAUUCCUCCACCGUUCUUUCAACUUAAAGGGCAGCUUUGAGAUGACAGUCUUCAUAUUACUAGGAUUAUCCAACUCUGUCAUGAACUCCAGGUCACGCAUUGUGUUUUUGCAGCCCGUUAGGAAUAAGGCAUACGCAUGAAGAGCAUUUCUAUCUUCUGUUUUUAUCUGUGGCCAUUGAAGAGCUUUCUGCCGACGGGAGUUCCCUGCCAUCCUCACGUACAGGUGAGUGCUCUGCUAUGUUCAGUGAUUUAUGUGUAGUGUGACAUUGCACUCGGUGCUGUCACUACUGUUGUCCCCUGUCAGGUUGGCCUGCGACAAAGCGGUGAUCAACGCGUUAAAGGAGCGCACGCUGGGCAACAGCGGCACUCGCCUCCACGCCACCCUGGUGGUGGAGCACACCACGGCAUGGCUUGACAAAGUAAACAGUUAUUUGGGUGUGCUACGUAAGCUGGAGGUUCAGCAGUGGCAGGCGUUCCCUGAAAUGCACCGGGUGCCCGGCGUGUCCUGGCUAAUUGGGGUCUACGUCCGUGACGCCAUCUCCAGGUUGCCCGAGACCAAGGCCAGGAUCACCUCUGUGUUUGGCACCAUCUUGCAGAUGGAUUCGACCAAGAAGGUCACCAAGAGGCUCGCAGGAGCCGCCUGGUCAACUAAUGUCGGCAACGAGUACGGGCAGGUGCUCAUGUCUGUCCUCACUGCGGCAGAGGGGGAUGGACUCGCACAGAUGGCGGCGGGACUGAUGCGCCGAUACAGUGACGCGGGGCAGGCCCCUCCAAAGGUCCUGUAUGUGGACCGGGACUGCUGCACCAGCGUGGGACAGUCACAGGUGAGGCAGCUGUUCCACAAGUGGCCUGAGCUGGUGGUCCGUCUGGAUGUGUGGCACCUCAUGCGGCGGUUCGCCAGAGGAGUAACCACCGACGCCCACCAACUGCACGGCCUGUUCAUGGGGAAGCUGUCCUACGCCAUCUUUGAGUGGGACGCGAAAAAUGUGGCUCGCCUGGAGCAGGCCAAGCAGUCCCAGGAGGGAGCGGACGUCACACGAGGGGCGCGGAAGAGACGCGACGGCUCAUCCAGGAGGUGCUGGACACCUUCUGGACCAUGGUUGACACACUGGGCGUCCCCUUGAUCGAUCGUGCCAGGAUGGAGGAGAUCUGGAGGACACAGCGGCGACACCUGGACUGCAUCCAGGACCCCCCGGGUCUGGCGCUCUACACUCAGACGGGUGAGAUCACCAAAGGUGGGGUGAAGCUCCCGGUCUACCGGUGCGCCAGGGGGUCCACAUCCCUGGAAUCAUUUCACCUGCACCUGUGCCGCUUCAUCCCAGGCACGUCUGCCAGCGACGUGCACUUCCAAGUGUACCUUCUGGAGGGCCUGGCGCGAUGGAACGAGGACAGGGGCAGGGCCUCCGUCGAGGGAGGCAACAAGUCGGCUCUGCGGUGCUAUAACGCCCAACUGGUGCAAAGUGUCAACCAAGUUUCUCAGGAGCUCAUGGGCAAGA